AUGGGCACCUGUGACUCGAAAUCGGAGCAAACUGCGUCGGUAGAUGGCGCGGCACGCAACAGGAAGAAGUCGCCGAAAAGGCUCGAGUCUAUGAACUCCGUCCCCCCCAAUUCUCACCCUGCCUCCGCGCUUUCGUCGUCAGGCGCCGCUCCUGCACGCCACUCACCAUCGCCCCCUGUUGGUCUCAGGACGCAGGAGGAGGGCGUGAGUGUUGUGUUAAAUGUUUACAAUCUGCAGAAGCGCGCCGGCGGCGGAAAGCGAACUCUGAAUGAGUGUUUCGGACUUGGCCUGUACCACACCGGCGUGGAAGUCUUCGGCACAGAGUGGGCGUUUGGGGGAAAGGCUGAUAGUCCGCCGCACUUCUGCGGCAUUUUCCCCUGCUUGCCGAAACGGGCACUGCCGCAGUACAUGCUGAAGGAAAGCGUCGUGCUGGGCCACUUGCCGUUGGGCACACGACCGUCACGUGUUUAUGCUGUUUUGAAAAAAAUGGGCCCGGAGUGGGGGGCCUGCACCUACCAUCUUCUACAGCGCAACUGCAACCACUUCUCGAGCGCCUUUCGCGAUGCCCUCGCGAAGGAGUUCCCGGAGAUCAGGCUGAAGAAGUUCCCGUCGUAUAUCAACAGGGCCGCGCGCGUCGCGGACUGCGUCGUCCCGUCUUCUUUCUGCUCGUCGGUGGGCGGGGGGGCGCGGCCGCCGGGUUCCGCGGUGGCGCCGCCACAGCCGCCCACCGCCGCCGCCGCCGCCGCCGCCGCGCCGCCUCAUCCGUUGGGCCCGGAGUCGGACGGCGGGGGGGCGUCGAUUCCGAUUCCCGCAACCCGCGCCGCGAUGCGGGCGAUGACGGUGCGGGAGCUCAAGACGAUGAUGUGGGUGAACGGCAUCUCCUGGGACGGGUGCCUCGAGAAGGACGACUUGAUUCGCGCCGUGGAGGCACACCGGCAACGAAAGCCCUGA